AUGGAACGCAUACUCUGCCCCGACAAGCUUGAUGUUGAUCCAAAUUCCCCAGCUGUUCAGAAGGAAUACAAGCAUUGGCGUAAAACUUUUGAAAACUUUAUUAAUGAGUGUGGAGACAGAGCGCCUGACAAACUACGAUGUUUGACAAACUAUGUGUCUGCUACUGUGUAUGAAUACUUUGCUGAUGCUACGGAGUUUGAAACAGCUAUACAAGUGUUGGAAAAGGUGUAUGUGAAAAAGAAAAAUGAGAUAUUCGCCAGACAACAGCUCGCCACAAGACGUCAACGUCCUUCCGAAACGAUCGAUGAAUUUCUUCGCGACUUGCACAGACUCAGCAAAGAUUGUACUCUAAAAGCUGUCACGGCCGAAGAAUAUCGUGAAGAGUUAGUACGGGAUGUCUUCAUCAACGGACUGUCUUCUGCAAAUAUACGUCAACGUCUAUUGGAAAAUCAGGCUCUCACAGUCUCUCGAGCUAGAGCCUUGGAUCGUACACAGCAUAUUUAG